CACUGUACAGCAUCAGUCGCGCUGCCAACAUGUUUCUGCUCGGAUUCAGCCUCUGCCUGGCCGUCGUUCACGGUAUUGUGCCCGAAAUACCCAAAACAGACAUGGACAUCAUUGCAAACAUGGAGACAAAUGCAGCGCAGGAGCAAACGAUGAGUGACGUGUUGAAAGAGGUGGAGGAACUGAUGGAGGACACGCAGCACAAGCUGGAGGACGCGGUGCAUCAGAUGGACAAUGAGACAGCAAAAUCAAGCCUUCAUCCACAGAAUGUCUCUUCAAACCUCCAAAAUUACAGCGCUAUUGAAACCAUAGCUGGGAAUCAAACCAUUUCUAUCGGAGAGAGAAUCAAUAAGACAACAGACAAUUCAACGGAAGAGACGAACAAUUUAUCAUCAAUACAGCCCAGAGACAAAGAGAACAUCGUCGAUCACGAGUGUGUCAUUGACGAAGACUGUGAGAAGGGCAAGUACUGCCUCUAUGAGACGCACAGCUCAAAGUGUCUGCCAUGCAAACAGCUUGAUGCGUCAUGCACCAAAGACGAGGAGUGCUGUGCGGGACAGUUGUGUGUUUGGGGUCAGUGCACCAUCAACAUCACGAAGGGAGAAGCAGGAACCAUCUGUCAGUAUCAGACUGACUGUAAGGAGGAUUUCUGCUGUGCCUUUCAUAAAGCCUUGCUAUUCCCAGUGUGCAUUGCUAAGCCAAUAGAACGCGAGCGCUGCAUCAUUUCAGCCAAUCACCUGAUGGAGCUGCUGUCAUGGGAUAUGGACGGGGAGGGGCCUCAAGAGCACUGCCCAUGUGCUGGAGAACUGCAGUGCCAACAUCGCGGUCGUGGUGCGCUGUGUCUGAAGAGCCAGAACUCCAGCGAGGAGGAGCUCACCGACACACUUUACUCUGAGAUCGACUACAUCGUCUGAGACUUCAACACAAAGACGAAGCAGAGCUGCUCAAUGCUU